AUGACCACGAAAGGGUCUAAUACAACGUCAGUACUUCUAGCAACAGCACAAGUUAAAGUACAAGCAGCGAACGGGGAACAGUUGAUGUUAAGGGCGCUAAUUGACCAAGGUUCGCAGAUAACAACGUUGUCGGAAGAGGCAUCUCAACUUUUGCGUCUACCUAAAACAAAGUGCAAAACGGAAAUCCAUGGACUUGGAGGUGCAGUGGUCGGGGUCUCAAGCUCAAAGACAAAAUUAGUCUUAAGGCCAAGAUUUUUAAGCAACAACUUGGUGGAAACGGAAGCGUUAAUAUUGCCUCAUUUAACAGGAGCUCAACCGAGUCAUUCAUUUGAAAAUGACAUAGAGGAAUGGAAAAACUUUAUUCUUGCAGAUCCCUCCUUUAAUCAAUCUGAUAGGAUAGAUAUAGUAAUUGGAGGUGAUAUAAUUCCACACAUUAUAAAGGAAGGUGUUCAUAAAAAAAGGGGCGUUUUGGCCCAAUCAACAAUUUUUGGAUGGAUACUUUCUGGGGUUAUCAAUAAAAAGACAAAACCUGAAAAACUCGUGUCAGCUACUACCAUCAACCUAGAACGUUUUUGGGAAAUCGAAGAGGUGUCAUUAGACUUCGAUAACCAUGAAGAAGAUGAGUUUUGUCAGGAACUUUUCAAAACUACAACCAAAAUUGAUGACUCCAAUCGGAUUGUGGUUAAUCUACCGAUUAAAAAAGAUGACAACGAACUUGGUGAGUCAAAAAAGCAGGCAGUAGCUAGAAUGCUCUCCAUGGAGAAAAAAUUUAAUUCAAACCCUAAACUGAAAGAACAAUACAUAUGUUUUAUGGAAGAGUAUGAACAUUUGGGUCACAUGAAAUUAACAACUAACAACAGUGGAAAAUAUUAUCUUCCUCAUCAAGCUGUGAUUCGAGAAAACAGCUUAACCACAAAAUUAAGGGUGGUAUUCGAUGCAUCAGCGAAAACAACAAAUGGUAAAAGCCUCAAUGAUGUGAUGUAUACUGGACCAAGGCUGCAAAAAGACAUAUUUGAUAUUAUUGUAAAAUGGCGGCUAUGGAGGUAUGUAGUAAUGGCUGAUGUUGAAAAGAUGUAUAGGCAAGUGAGAGUUGCAGAAAAAGAUCAAAAAUAUCAACACAUAUUAUGGCGAAAAAAUAAGAACGAGUUGAUAAAGGAAUACAAGUUAACAACAAUUACGUACGGAACAUCCUCAGCUCCAUUUCUUGCAGUGAGGGCGUUAUUUCAUAUUGCAGACACCUGCACAAUUCCAGAAAUUAAAAAUAUUAUUAAAGAAGAUUUUUACAUGGAUGAUCUCAUGACAGGAGCCGACACUAUUAAGCAAUGCAAAUAUAUUCAGCAUAGUGUUUUAAAUCAUCUUGCAAGUUAUGGUUUCAAUUUGAGAAAAUGGCUGUCAAAUGAAAAACAAAUUACUGAAAACGUAUGCAGUUCCAUAAUGAUUCAAAUAAAAGAUGAUGAAUCAAUAAAGACUUUGGGGUUGCAGUGGGAUCCAGUUAUGGACAAUUUUAAAUUUGGAAUCAACUUUUCAAACAACGAUAAAAUUACAAAAAGACAUGUUUUAUCAGAAGUGGCUAAGAUUUUCGAUCCUCUAGGGUGGUUGUCACCAGUUACCGUUCUUGCAAAACUGUUUAUACAAAAAUUGUGGUUGUUGCAGAAUAAAUGGGACGAAGUCAUACCCGAUGAGCUAAAUAACGAAUGGCAAGUGUUCAGAAAUAAUAUAUCCUGUCUACAAGAAAUUCGUGUGCCAAGAUGGGUGCAGUUAACAACUACAUCUAGAUUUGAGCUGCAUGGUUUUGCUGAUGCAUCAGAAAAAGCAUAUGCAGCUUUUAAAUGUCGUAAUAAAACGGCUGUUGUUAAAUUAGACUUUUCGCCUCCGGUGUCUUUUAGCGCCCGGCAGAAUGUUCAAACUAAUUGA